UAAAUAGGAAACCACGUUCCUCUUGAUUAUAGCCUUCUAUAAUUGUCUCUAGCUUUUGGGUACGUAAGAAUAUUACUGUGGAGCGGGACGUAACAACAGCUGUUGCUUAUUUUCCACUCUCUCUCUCUCUCAGGCUUGGAUUUGGAGGAACAAAAGGGAGAUCGUCAUCGGUUGGGCUCCGGAAGCAAACAACACAAAUGGAAUUGUUCUAUUACAUGGUGUUCGGGGCUCUUGCGGCAGUAGUGGCGGCGAUAGAGCUAAGCAAAUCCAACAAGGAUCGCAUCAACACUUCUCCUGCUUUCAAUUCCUUCAAGAAUAAUUACAUUCUUGUAUACUCUCUCAUGAUGGCCGGUGACUGGUUGCAGGGUCCAUAUGUCUAUUACCUUUACAUGACAUAUGGCUAUGGGAAAGGGGAAAUUGGGCAGCUCUUUAUUGCAGGAUUUGGAUCUUCAAUGUUGUUUGGCACCAUUGUUGGAUCUCUAGCUGACAAACAGGGUCGGAAGCGAGCAUGCGUGACUUAUUGUAUUACUUACAUAUUAAGCUGUAUUACCAAGCAUUCUCCUCAGUACAAAGUUUUGAUGUUGGGCCGUAUUUUGGGUGGUAUUGCCACUUCUCUCCUAUGUUCAGCUUUUGAAUCAUGGCUUGUGGCUGAACACAACAAGAGGGGAUUUGAUCAUCAAUGGCUCUCAAUAACUUUCUCAAAGGCAAUAUUUCUCGGCAAUGGUCUCGUUGCUAUUGUGUCCGGGUUGUUCGGAAAUCUGCUAGUUGAUACCAUGAGUCUUGGCCCUGUGUCCCCCUUUGACGCCGCUGCUUGCUUUCUUGCUAUUGGCAUGGCCGUUAUACUAUCAUCAUGGGGUGAGAACUAUGGUGACCCUUCAGAGGGCAAGGGCUUGCUUACCCAGUUCAAGGGUGCUGCUGUGGCCAUUGCUUCAGAUGAGAAGAUUGCCUUGUUGGGUGCAAUACAAUCCCUCUUUGAAGGGUCAAUGUACACCUUUGUGUUCCUCUGGACACCUGCUUUGAGCCCGAAUGAGGAGGAAAUUCCCCACGGUUUUAUAUUUGCAACUUUUAUGUUGGCUUCAAUGCUGGGAAGCUCUAUCGCGUCUCGCUUGAUGGCCCGCACAUCAUUAAGAGUUGAGAGCUACAUGCAGAUUGUUUUUGUGGUUUCUGCUGCCUCUCUUCUGCUUCCUAUUGUGACAACUUUUUUGGUAGCUCCUUCUAAGGUGAAAGGUGGAAGCAUCUCAUUUGCAGGUUGUAUCCAGCUUAUUGGCUUCUGUACCUUUGAGGCUUGUGUGGGUAUAUUCUGGCCUUCUAUUAUGAAGAUGAGGUCUCAAUACAUUCCUGAGGAGGCUAGGAGCACCAUUAUGAACUUUUUCCGCAUUCCUCUCAACAUCUUUGUUUGCGUUGUGCUUUACAAUAGGCGGCUAUUGGUGAUAGCAGAGAAGUCAAAGACAGAAGAUUGGACAGCAUUAAAGGAAAAGGACGCCGAGGUUGAGCCAUUGAACGAUGCUUGA